GUUACUUCUCUAUGCACCCAUCCUUACCUCACAGGUUCAACGGCCUGACGGAGGAGCACAUGGUCGGGGUGGAUACGACCCUGAGGGACGUUCAGGCAGCCCUGCUGGAACGCUUCUCAGCCGAAACCUUGCUCCUUGGUCACAGCCUCGACUCGGACUUUCGAGCCCUGCGGCUAAUUCACACAAAUGUCGUCGACACGUGCGUCGUGUUUCCGCACUAUAAGGGCUUCCCUUUCAAGCGAGCGUUGCGCCGCAUUGUCAAGCAAUACUUGGACAAGUCCAUUCAGGAUGGAGGCGGUGGUCAUAACAGCCAGGAAGAUGCAGCUGCCUGUAUAGAACUCAUGCUCUGGAAAGUGGGCGAAGGCCUGAAUGUUGAGGUUUAAGAUGGCGCUGAUGUCAACUGUUGUCCCUUCCGCCACCAGAAAGAAGAAAUCACAUUAUUCUACUUAGCAGCGAAAGAAGCGUACCAUCUCCUUGGAAAGCCUGCAUAUUCGACAGGGAUUACUUUUGACAAGUCGCUUCAAUUGCGACGAAGAAAUAAAUGAGAGCACCAAAAAAAUGCCA